GCUACAAGUUGCUCAAUUGCCGCAGUUUAUUUGUGAUUUCCGUGUAGUUAGAACAAGUUUACUAAAAUCUAUUGUGUUGCUUUUCCGUGAGAUGCCUCAAAAUUGUGCAAACUUUGCAAGGAUUUUCGGAAUACUUCUUGCAUGGCAAUUGCUCAUGCACGUCUGCCUGGCAAUGCCAGCAAUGGAUGACGAUAACUACUACAACAAAGAACUUGUGCGCGAAUUUGCACCUUGGAUGAUGGCUCCAGUUGCCUAUUCACAGCCUGAAAAUCCCUGUCAAACAACCUACAACCUCCCGGAGAAUUUUCUCAUACCACCAGUGCUUCAUAAGCGCAAUUCUGAACUCAUAAAUUCCCUCCUAUCGCUGCCAAAAACAAUGAAUGAUGCUGGAAAGUGAAGGGGACGAAGGAGGAGCAACAGUUGGUUGGAGUAUAUAAGAAACCCACAAUAAACUAUCAUUUAUCCUUAAUACAAUCUUCUUUAAUCUAAUAUCGAUGUAGAAUAUUAUCUCUGGUGAAUAAAAGUUGCUUCAUUUUCACACA